AUGGGCGGCAAAGGAGGCGAUGGCGGUGGCAAAGGAGGCGGUGGCGGUGGUGGAGGAGGUGGUGGUGGAGGAGCUGGCAAAGGAGGUGGCGGAGGUGGCUCCUCAAAGGGUGGUGGCAGCGGUGGCAUGAUGGUUGCUCCGGGCAGUGGAGGAGGAGCCCAUAUCUCAAGGGACACUUUUGAGAGCAACCCACAAGGCUAUUUUUCUGUUUUGUCAUUCGCUUUACAUUCUACUCGACAGCAAAUAUUUUUCCGAAUGGGCGGCAAAGGAGGCGAUGGCGGUGGCAAAGGAGGCGGUGGCGGUGGUGGAGGAGGUGGUGGUGGAGGAGCUGGUGGUGGAGGAGCUGGUAAAGGAGGUGGCGGAGGUGGCUCCUCAAAGGGUGGUGGCAGCGGUGGCAUGAUGGUUGCUCCGGGCAGUGGAGGAGGAGCCCAUAUCUCAAGGGACACUUUUGAGAGCAACCCACAAGGCUAUUUUUCUGGUCUGCACUCCACCGGAAAAAGAAACUAA